UACAUAUAUACGUAUGUAUACGUACAUACUUGCUCAUAGAUUCCAACUUAUAUAAGAGCAAUUGACACAAACCAAAGUGAAGUGCGUUCCACACUGAGAGAAAAAACAAAUAUGAUUCGGCGGCUUCUGUGUUUGUGGCUCAGCUUCAGCGUUUUCAUUGUGGAUUUUGCCGCUAGUCAAAACGCUGCAGUUGUUGCUGCCGCUGUGGCUGCGGGCCAAAAUCAAUCCCAAGUCUAUGUCACAGACUCUUGCCUCGAGAAGCCGUACCGCUGCCCGCACCCAAAGAUCCAGUUCUACCUGUACACGCGGCGCACCCAGGAGGAGCCCGAGUAUCUGGAUGUGCUCGAUCCGAACGCCCUCUACUACACACACUUCAAUCCGCGACACCCCACCAAGAUCAUCAUCCACGGCUUUGGCGGCGGGCGCAUGCUCAGCCCCAGCCCGGACCUGCGGGAGGCGUACUUCAGCAUCGGCGAGUACAACAUCAUCAUCGUGGACUACAGCAACGCGGUGAAGGAGCCCUGCCUGAGUCAAAUGGAGUGGGCGCCGCGCUUCGGCAGCCUCUGCAUCUCGCAGCUGGUCAAGUACCUGGCGCGACAUCCGCGCGGCGUCCAGCCGGACGAUCUGCACUUCAUUGGCUACAGCGUGGGCGCCCACAUCGCGGGCCUCGUUGCCAACUACCUGAAGCCCGAGGAGGGCAAGAUCGGGCGCAUCACGGCUCUGGAUCCCACCAUAUUCUUCUAUGCGGGUGCGAACAACUCACGCGAUCUGGACACGAGUGAUGCGCACUUUGUCGAUGUCUUGCACACGGGCGCCGGCAUCCUGGGACAGUGGCACUCGAGUGGACAUGCCGACUUCUAUGUCAAUGGCGGUACCAGGCAGCCAGCGUGCGUCGGCUCUGCCACGUUGUUUCAAACUUUGGCCUGCGAUCACACCAAGGUCACGCCGUACUUUAUCGAGUCGAUAACAACGAAGCGAGGCUUCUAUGCGGGGCCCUGUCCGAAUCUGUUCACCUAUCUGAUAGGCUGGUGCGAGCCCAAGGACUCGGAGUAUGUGCUCAUGGGCGAGCACUGUUCGCACAAAGCACGUGGCAACUACUAUGUGACGACGAAUGCGAAGGCGCCCUUUGCACGCGGCUUUCCGGGCAAGGGGCGGGCCAACGGGGAGUACCAGGGCGUAAGGCGCUGAUCGGCUGGUUCGAAUCGAGUUUACUCUAUAUAGAUAGACAUAUAGUAUGUUCGAUGUAGCACUCAUGUGAUUUUAGUUCGUUGUCUCCUAAUUACGUGUACUUGUAUUUAUUUCCCACUCGUUUCAUCUUAGUUUUUACCAUCCGCCGCCAUCGUCGUCGUCCGCGCCUCGUACAAAUCGAAAUCUAA